GUCAGAGCUCGCGGGGACCCUCGAAGUGCACACACACACUCGGCUCGACACCCUGGCCGACUGGUUUUAAGGGGUGUGGCAGGAGGUUUUGGACUCGAUGAGUUUCCACCGAAAUGUCGGAGAAGUCAGGCCAGAGUACAAAAGCAAAGGAUGGGAAAAAGUAUGCAACACUCAGUUUAUUUAAUACUUACAAGGGUAAAUCAUUAGAAACUCAGAAAACCACAGUUGCAGCUCGACAUGGAUUACAGAGUCUUGGAAAAGUUGGUAUUUCACGGCGCAUGCCUCCACCCGCUAACCUCCCAAGUCUCAAAGCAGAAAACAAAGGCAAUGAUCCUAAUGUGAACAUUGUACCUAAAGAUGGCACAGGAUGGGCAUCAAAACAAGAGCAGCAUGAAGAAGAAAAAGCACCAGAAGUUCCACCAGCACAGCCAAAACCUGGGGUUGCAGCUCCCCCAGAAGUAGCACCUGCUCCAAAAUCAUGGGCCAGUAACAAGCAAGGUGGGCAAGGAGAUGGAAUCCAGGUGAAUAGUCAUUUUCAGCAAGAAUUUCCCAGCUUGCAGGCAGCUGGGGAUCAGGAAAAAAAAGAAAAAGAACCAAAUGAUGACAACUAUGGACCUGGACCCAGUUUACGCCCACCAAAUGUUGCUUGUUGGAGAGACGGUGGUAAGUCUGCUGGCUCACCCUCAACAUCUGACCAAGAUGAAAAGCUUCCUGGCCAGGAUGAAAGCACAGCUGGAUCAUCAGAGCAAAAUGACAUCCUCAAAGUGGUAGAAAAGAGGAUAGCUUGUGGUCCUCCACAGGCUAAACUGAAUGGACAGCAGCCUGCCCUGGCUUCCCAGUACCGAGCUAUGAUGCCUCCUUACAUGUUUCAGCAGUAUCCGAGGAUGGCAUAUCCUCCUCUUCAUGGCCCCAUGAGGUUUCCACCUUCUUUAUCUGAAACAAACAAAGGCCUUCGAGGAAGAGGCCCACCUCCUUCAUGGGCCUCUGAGCCUGAACGCCCCUCCAUCCUUAGUGCAUCAGAACUGAAGGAACUUGAUAAAUUUGAUAAUUUAGAUGCUGAAGCAGAUGAAGGUUGGGCAGGUGCCCAGAUGGAAGUAGAUUAUACAGAACAGCUGAAUUUCAGUGAUGAUGAUGAGCAAGGAAGUAAUAGUCCUAAAGAAAACAACAGUGAGGAUCAAGGUUCCAAAGCCUCUGAAAACACUGAGACUCGAAAAGAAGCAGAUGAGGUGUGCAACACUAAGUCAUCAUCUCAGCUGCCUGCCCAGCCAUCAGUAGCAAAAGGUCCUUAUGGGAAAGGACCGCCAUUUAAUCAGGAACGUGGACCAUCUUCUCACCUGCCACCACCCCCAAAGAUGCUUGCACAGCAGCAUCCUCCUCCAGACCGACAGGCAGUACCUGGAAGACCAGGCCCUUUCCCCCCGAAGCAGCAAGUACCAGAUGAAGAUGAAAUAUGGAAGCAAAGAAGAAGGCAGCAGUCAGAACUCUCUGCGGCGGUGGAACGCGCUCGUAAACGGCGUGAAGAGGAAGAGCGGAGGAUGGAAGAACAGAGGAAGGCAGCUUGUGCCGAGAAACUGAAACGAUUAAAUGAGAAGCUGGGCAUCGUGGACAAGCAGCCAUCUCCAGAGGAAAUUAGAGAAAGGGAGCGAGAAAAAGAACGGGAGCGGGAGAAAGAACUUGAAAAAGAACAAGAACGGGAGAAGGAGAGGGAAAGAGAAAGGCAACAGGAGAAGGAGAGAGAACUGGAGAGAGAGCAGGAAAAACAAAGAGAAAUGGAGAAGGAAAAAAAGCAAGAAAAAGAGAAAGAACUAGAACAGCAGGAAAAGGAAAGAGAACUAGAACUGCAGAAGCCGAAAGAGCAGGAAAAGGAAUGGGAGUUGGAGAAGAAAGAAAGGGAAAAAGUGGAGGAAAAAAUUGAACACAAAGAACCUGCUUUAGAAACUAUGGUAGAAAAACCAGAAAGUGAGAACUGUAAUAAAGAGGAUGACCCGGUUUUCACCAGACAAGACAGCAAUCGCAGUGAGAAAGAGACCACUCAAGUGGCGCAUGAAACAGAACCAGAAUCAGGGUCUCAGCCCCGGCCUGCUGUUCUAUCUGGUUAUUUUAAACAGUUCCAGAAGUCUUUACCACCCCGGUUCCAGCGGCAGCAGGAACAGAUGAAACAGCAGCAGUGGCAGCAGCAGCAGCAACAAGGUGUCCUUCCCCAGGCAGUCCCUUCACAGCCAUCUGGGGCUGCUGUCCCUCCUCCACCACACCGACCUCUGUACCAGCCCAUGCAACCCCACCCUCAGCACUUGGCUUCCAUGGGCUUUGAUCCAAGGUGGCUCAUGAUGCAGUCGUACAUGGAUCCUCGAAUGAUGUCAGGUAGACCUGCUAUGGAUAUUCCUCCCAUUCAUCCUGGAAUGAUUCCUCCUAAGCCUUUGAUGAGAAGAGACCAGAUGGAAGGCUCAGCCAACAGUUCGGAGUCAUUUGAGCAUAUAGCUCGAUCUGCAAGAGAUCAUGCAGUUUCCCUCUCUGAGCCUCGUAUGAUGUGGGGGUCAGAGCCCUAUCCUCAUACGGAGCCACAGCAGGCCACUGCUCCCAAGACAGCAGAAGAACCUGAAGGUGUAAGGUCUGAAGCCGCGCUGGAUCAGGAACCGAUCACCGCUGCUUAUCCUGUAGAACAUAAUCAGUUAGAGGCCCAUCCAAAGGCAGACUUUGUUAGAGAAUCAGGUGAGGCCGAAGUACAGAAGGUUUUAAGCAGGUCUGUGGAAGACGUUAGACCUCCGCACUCUGACACAGUCAGUCAGUCUGCUUGCUUUGAUGUACCUGAUCAAAAGACUAUAUCCACUCCUCAAGAAGAGCGGAUUUCAUUGGGAGAAAAUCAGCCUGCCCGGAAAAGAAGUGUUUCCCAUGGAUCUAACCAUACUCAAAAAUCAGAGGAGCAAAGAAACGAGACAUCUGCAAGCAUUCCUAAAGUAACCAGCAGGGGCAUUGAUUCAAAAGAACCAGCAGAACGGUCAGAGGAAAAACCAAAAAAGGAUGGCUUUCUACGAUCUUCUGAAGGACCAAAACCAGAAAAACUGUAUAAAUCUAAAUCGGAAACUCGUUGGGGCCCGAGGCCAAGCUCCAGCAGGAGAGAAGAAGGUAAUGACAGACCUGUGAGAAGGUCAGGUCCCAUUAAAAAACCUAUUCUUAGAGAUAUGAAAGAGGAACGAGAGCAGAGGAAGGAGAAAGAAGGAGAAAAAGGAGAAAAGGUCACUGAGAAAGUUGUAAAACCGGAAAAAACGGAAAAGAAAGAUCCUCUUCCUCCACCCCCACUACCUGCAGCGCCUAUUCAGCCACAGGCCGUUCCACCACCACCUCAACCAGAACCAGAGAAAUUUCCUUCAACAGAAACUCCAACUUUGGUGCAAAAGCCACCUCCAGACACUGAGAAGCCUUUGGAACCUGUAAGUAGUGCUGAGGUAGAGCCUGCAACUAAAACUGUAAAUCAGACUGUAACAGCACCAACAGUCAAAGAAGAAAAACAACCCGAGAAAGUCGUCAGCAAAGACCUUGUUACAGAGAGGCCUCGAUCAGAUUUAAGGCCAGUAGUUAAAAAAGAAUCAACUCAACCUCCUAGAACCUAUUGGAAAGAAGCAAGAGAUAGAGAUUGGUUUCCAGAUCAAGGAUACAGAGGUCGAGGCCGUGGAGAAUAUUACUCCAGAGGCCGAAGCUAUAGAGGAUCUUACGGAGGGCGGGGCCGUGGUGGCAGAGGGCACACUCGAGAGUAUCCUCAGUACAGGGACACUAAGCCUCGGACAGAGCAUGUGCCCUCAGGACCUCUCAGACAGCGAGAGGAAAGUGAAACUCGUAGUGAGAGCUCCGAUUUUGAAGUUGUUCCCAAAAGAAGACGACAGCGAGGUUCCGAGACUGACACAGACAGUGAAAUUCAUGAAAGUGCAAGUGACAAGGAUAGUUCAAGCAAAGGAAAACUUCCCAAAAGAGAUGAGCGGUCUGAAAACAAAAAACCUAUAAAGCCUCAAUCUUCUUUCAAGCCUGAAAAUCAUGUCCGAGUAGAUAAUAGACCUCUAGACAAACCGUACAUAAGGGAUGAUGAUAAAUCUAAACCAGGUUUCCUGCCUAAAGGAGAGCCCACCAGGCGAGGCAGAGGGGGGACAUUCAGACGUGGUGGGAGGGACCCUGGGGGACGCCCUUCGCGCCCUUCCACCUUACGAAGACCUGCCUAUCGGGAAAAUCAAUGGAACCCAAGGCAGGCAGAAGCUCCUAAACCAGAUGAUGGAGAGCCACCAAGAAGACAUGAGCAGUUUAUUCCUAUACCAGCUGAUAAGCGACCUCCAAAAUUUGAGCGAAAAUUUGAUCCAACUAGAGAGAGGCCCCGAAGGCAGCGUCCUACCCGACCCCCCAGGCAAGAUAAGCCUCCUCGAUUUAGACGGCUCAGAGAGAGGGAGGCGGUCUCAAAAACCAAUGAGGUGGCAGUGCCCACAAAUGGCACAGUGAGUAACGUGGUUCAAGAACCAGUUAGUACUGCUGGGGAUGUUUCUGGGAAUAAGACUCCAGACUUGUCUAAUCAGAACUCUUCAGAUCAGGCAAAUGAAGAAUGGGAAACAGCUUCAGAAAGCAGUGAUUUCAAUGAGCGGCGGGAGAGGGAUGAAAAAAAAAAUGCUGAUUUGAAUGCACAUGCUAUUGUGAAGGCAGGAGAGAAUGUUUCAGCCCCCAAAAGAGAAAUAGCAAAGAGAAGUUUUUCUAGUCAAAGACCUGGUGUGGACCGCCAGAAUCGGCGUGGCAACGGAGGUCCACCCAAAUCCGGGAGGAAUUUCUCAGGUCCUAGGAAUGAAAGGAGAAGUGGCCCACCAUCCAAAAGUGGGAAGCGAGGGCCAUUUGAUGACCAGUCUGCAGGCACAACUGGUGUUGAUCCUGUCAAUGGCAGCUCUGCACACCACCAGGAAGGAACACCUAAUGGAACAGGACAAAAGAACUCCAAAGAUUCUGCAGGGAAAAAAAGAGAAGACCCAAAACCAGGCCCUAAGAAACCCAAAGAGAAAGUAGAUGCACUGUCACAGUUUGACCUCAACAAUUAUGCAAGUGUUGUUAUAAUUGAUGACCAUCCAGAAGUAACGGUAGUUGAAGACCCACAGUCAAAUUUGAAUGAUGAUGGUUUUACUGAAGUGGUAUCCAAAAAACAACAAAAACGUUUACAGGAUGAGGAACGCCGGAAGAAGGAAGAACAGAUCAUACAGGUCUGGAACAAAAAGAAUGCCAGUGAGAAAGGAAGAAGUCAGACUUCUAAGCUUCCUCCAAGAUUUGCCAAAAAACAGGCUACAGGGACCCAGCAAGUCCAGUCUCCAGCUCCAGCCCCAGGUCCAACUUCAACCUUGGCUUCAGGUCCAGUUCCGGCCUCAAUCUCACCCUCAGCUCCAGUUUUAGUCUCACCCUCAGCCACAGCUGUAUCCGCAGCUCCAGUCUUAACUUCAACUGCCACUCCACUCCCAACUCCAGCCUCAGCUCCUACUCCAGCCUCCACCUCAGCUCCAACCUCUUCUUCAGUUCCAGCUCCAACCCCAAUCCUUGCCUCAGCUUCAAACCCAGCCGCUGUCCCCAUUCUUGCCUCAGCCUCAAUUCCCAUUCUUGCUUCAGCCCUACCACCAACUUCAGCAACACCUCCAGCCAGCUCAGCCCCAACGGUACCAGCCAGUUCAGCCCCAACUGCCCCAGCCAGUUCGGCCCCAGUCUCACUCCCAACCCCAGCCCUUGUCACAGUCACAAUCCCAGGCCCCACUGCCCCAGCCCAAACUCAGGGACAGACUCACAAACCAGUCCAGAGUCCCCUGCAGACAACAACACCAUCUUCAAAACAGCCGCCACCUUCAAUUAGACUACCUUCAGCUCAAACACCUAAUGGCACCGAUUAUGUAGCCACAGGAAAAUCCAUCCAGACCUCACAGUCACAUGGCACUCUUACAACUGAAUUAUGGGAUAACAAGGUGGCCCCACCAACUGUGCUGAAUGACAUCUCUAAGAAAUUAGGGCCCAUUAGUCCACCACAGCCACCUUCCGUCAGUGCCUGGAAUAAGCCUCUAACAUCGUUUGGAUCAGCUACUUCAUCAGAGGGAACAAAGAAUGGUCAAGAAAGUGGAGUUGAAAUUGGAAUUGACACAAUUCAGUUUGGUGCUCCAGCUUCAAAUGGGAACGAAAAUGAAAUUGUUCCUGUGCUUUCGGAAAAAACUGACAAAAUUCCUGAACCUAAAGAGCAACGGCAGAAGCAGCCACGGGCAGGCCCCAUCAAAGCCCAGAAGCUUCCAGAUUUGAGUCCAGUAGAAAACAAAGAACAUAAACCUGGUCCUAUUGGAAAGGAACGGUCAUUAAAAAAUAGAAAAGUAAAAGAUGCCCAACAGGUGGAGCCAGAAGGACAGGAGAAACCAAGCCCUGCUGCAGUCAGAAGUGUAGACCCUGGGACAGCAAAGGAAACCAAAGCAGCUUCAGAGAUGUCUACUGAAAUAGGAACGAUGAUCUCAGUGGCAUCCACAGAAUAUGCCACUAAUGUGAAGGAGUCUGUAACAGACUACACUACACCUUCUUCUUCUCUGCCUAACACUGUGGCUACUAAUAAUGCAAAGAUGGAGGAUACUUUGGUUAAUAAUGUGCCCCUGCCCAACACCCUUCCCCUCCCUAAGAGGGAGACUAUACAACAGAGCUCCAGCCUAACUUCAGUUCCUCCCACUACUUUCAGCCUCACCUUCAAGAUGGAGUCUGCAAGGAAGGCUUGGGAGAAUUCUCCAAAUGUGCGUGAAAAGGGAUCUCCAGUAACUUCCACAGCCCCUCCAAUUGUAAGUGGUGUCAGCAGUAGUGCCAGUGGCCCAAGCAGUGCAAAUUACAACUCCUUCUCCAGUGCGUCCAUGCCUCAGAUCCCUGUUGCCUCGGUCACCCCUACAACGUCACUGUCAGGAGCUGGUACAUACACUACCUCUUCUCUGAGUACAAAAUCUACAACCACAUCAGACCCUCCUAAUAUUUGUAAAGUAAAGCCCCAACAAUUACAGACAAGCAGCCUGCCUUCCGCAAGUCAUUUUUCACAGUUAAGCUGUAUGCCUUCCCUCAUUGCCCAGCAGCAACAGAGUCCACAGGUCUAUGUGUCUCAGUCCGCAGCAGCUCAAAUCCCAGCUUUCUAUAUGGACACCAGUCAUUUAUUCAAUACCCAGCAUGCACGAUUGGCUCCACCGUCAUUGGCUCAGCAGCAAGGCUUCCAACCAGGUCUUUCUCAGCCCACUUCGGUUCAGCAGAUCCCGAUUCCUAUUUACGCACCACUGCAGGGGCAGCACCAAGCCCAGUUGAGUUUGGGUGCUGGACCCGCUGUUUCCCAGGCCCAGGAGUUAUUCAGUUCUUCCCUUCAACCGUAUAGAUCUCAGCCGGCCUUUAUGCAGAGUAGCCUGUCCCAGCCAUCUGUGGUCCUUUCUGGUACUGCCAUCCACAACUUCCCAGCUGUCCAGCACCAGGAACUUGCCAAGGCACAGUCGAGUCUUGCCUUUCAACAAACUUCCAGUACUCAGCCUAUUCCUAUACUGUAUGAACAUCAGCUGGGUCAGGCAUCAGGACUGGGAGGCUCCCAGCUGAUCGAAUCACAUCUUCUCCAGGCUAGAGCAAAUCUUACCCAGGCUUCAAACCUUUAUUCUGGACAAGUACAACAGCCUGGUCAGACAAAUUUUUAUAACACUGCCCAGUCACCGAGUACUCUCCAGCAGGUAAACUAUGGCAUGGUUACAGUACCUUUACCAGCAUCCCAGCUUUCCUUGCCUAACUUUGGAUCCACGGGACAGCCUUUAAUUGCUCUGCCUCAGACUCUUCAGCCUCCAUUACAGCACACCGCCCCCCAAGCACAGGCCCAGAGCCUGAGUCGCCCUGCGCAAGUCAGCCAGCCUUUCAGGGGGUUAAUCCCCGCUGGAACCCAGCACAGCAUGAUCCCAACCACGGGGAAAAUGUCUGAAAUGGAACUAAAAGCCUUUGGAAGCGGCAUUGAUAUAAAACCAGGCACACCUCCAAUCAGCGGAAGAAGCACCACACCCACCUCUAGUCCCUUCCGGGCCACUUCCACAAGUCCGAACAGCCAGUCCAGCAAAAUGAGCAGCAUUGUCUAUCAGAAGCAGUUCCCGUCAGCCCCUGCCACUGUGAGAAUGACACAGCCUUUUCCUACACAGUUUGCACCCCAGAUUCUCUCUCAGCCUAACCUGGUCCCUCCAUUGGUAAGAGCCCCACAUACUAACACCUUCCCAGCGCCCGUUCAGAGGCCGCCAAUGGCACUGGCCAGUCAGAUGCCUCCUCCGCUGACCACAGGCCUCAUGAGCCAUGCUCGUUUGCCACAUGUAGCCAGGGGUCCUUGUGGAUCACUGUCUGGAGUCAGAGGCAAUCAGGCCCAGGCUGCGCUGAAGGCUGAACAAGACAUGAAGGCAAAGCAGAGAGCAGAGGUUCUUCAGUCCACGCAGCGCUUCUUCUCCGAACAACAACAGAGCAAACAGAUAGGUGGCAAGGCCCCGAAGGUGGACGGCGACUCAAGCAAACCUCCUGAAGCACUGACUGACGCUCCUGGUGUCUGUCAGGAAAAAGUAGAAGAAAAGCCUCCUCCUGCACCCACCAUGGCCACCAAACCUGUUCGGACUGGACCCAUCAAACCUCAGGCCAUCAAAACCGAAGAAACAAAAUCUUAAAAGGCUGUGGUUUAUUGCAGGGGCCUGGGGAGGGGAGAGGGGAAGAAGGAAGGAUGCAGACAGCUCAUGCCAGCAGCCAAAGGGGUAAAAUGGUCCGUGACACUAUCCUGUCCCGAGCUCAGAGGUGCAGCACGGGGGACACAGGAGCCAUUCACACUGACACAGGCUGCACCCGUACAACGAGGCUUUGCCAACUCACACCCACUACACAACACACCCCCUGUUGAUGGCCAUGCAUCUCAGUCUGGAUUUACAUACAAACACGUGCACACGUUCUUGGAGUGUGUACCAUUUAGAACUCAGUCCUUAUGGUUAGAAUGAGACACAAGAAAUCAAGAAAGUAACACGGCAGAGGAGUAGCCCAGCCUGAACAGCACAUGGUCCUGGCUGGUAACACAGCAGUGACUCUCCCUUCCGGCCUGUGGAUGUGGUGGUGGCAUUGGUGGGCGCGGUGGUGAGCAGCUGACAGGAACUCAGGCUGCCCAGAGGAGCCUACGUCUGCCCCAGGCAACCUGCUGCUUUUAUAACAUGGUAAUGGAGUUGAACACAAAGUAUAGUAAUCGAUAUCCCUUCUUCCUGGAUGAGCGAGCGAUGGUGGUGAAAUAGCGGUGUCAGCACCCUGAACACGCCCAGGUGGGCAGUGCCCGGCUGCUGCUGCCUUUUGGAAUGAUGCUGUGCUUUGGUUGUGGCCCAAGCUGUGACGUGUUGCUGGGCUUCGCUUCUGUGGAGCGCUGAUCACUCACAGCGGGUUUGGUGAUACUGGUUGGGGCGAGUCUUGCCUGCCUCCACUUGGUCGUCUUUAUAUGAAUCCAAUGAGGUGUGUGGGGGGGUUAUUGUUUUUGUUUGUUGGUUUUGGUCUUUCUGAAACGGUUUUGAGGUGAUAUCCAUGAAGAGCAGUCAGUACCUAGAACUGUGCCACUAAUGAGAGGAAAGCCUGUCUGAGAAGGUGCGUUUCUUCCCAGAGCCGUCGUCCCACCCGGGGCCUCUGCUGGGAAAACAGAAUCAAGUCUCAAACAAUGCCUUUUUAAUUGUAUCUCUAGUAUUAUAGACGUAGGGCAGUACUGUACCAUACCUCUGUGAAUGUAAAGUACCUUGUACCUGCUUUAUGAUACGUAGUAGUGACCGUGCUUUAUCAGAGCUGUUUUUAAUGACGUUAUUCUAGAGUGUUUUCUUUCCAGAUGAUGAUGGAGAAGCUUAAAAAAAAAAAAUGGUGCCAGGUACCACAACAGUAACAGAACUUUGCUGUUUUCUGGAGAUUUGUUUUUUACUUUUUUUUUUUUUUUUUAUUGGAGUGUGCUGGAUGUCUAUAAUUUUGUUCAGAUGACUGCAGAACCUGGAAAGGCUGUUGCUGCUAUUGAUGCAUAACAUACUGCUAUUGGUCUUUUUAUAUAAAUAAAUAUAUAUAUAUACAUAUAUAUAUAAUUUGAAUUUUUGGAAACUUUAGCUGUGCUGUCAACUUUGGAAAAACUAUCCCAGUUGUACUGUGUUGGGUUGGCAUUGUACAGAAAUUAACAGCCAUAUUGGUCUAGAAACGUUCAACAUAAUUUUUUCCAUUUGUACAGGGGUAACGCACUGUAUUAAAUAUGUAAGGUCUUAAUCUACAUGGGUUUGAUUACAGAAACUAAUAAAGUAUUCUCUAAAUAAUGAGUCUUGGA